ACAAGCGGUCGAGGCUAGAAUGAGAGAACAACUAUCGGGAUAUUUUUUUAUGUUAUAUUGGACUUGCCAGUCCUUUAGUUAUUAUAAAAAAAAUCAAUUUUUUCCAGGGGUUUUAUAACAAACAAGAUGGCUACGUCCGCCAGCGCCGAACUGAGUAAGGCUGUUAAACAGCAGUACAUGGCACUCCCUCAGGGAGACAAAGUCCAAGUCAUGUACGUCUGGAUAGAUGGCACCGGAGAGGGACUCCGCUGCAAAACCAGAACACUGGAUUCAGAGCCCAAGAGCAUCGAGGAACUGCCGGAAUGGAACUUUGAUGGCUCCAGCACCUACCAGUCUGAGGGCUCAAACAGUGAUAUGUAUUUGAUUCCUUCUGCAAUGUUCAGAGAUCCCUUCCGCAAAGAUCCCAACAAAUUGGUAUUGUGUGAAGUGCUGAAGUACAACCACAAGCCUGCAGAAACAAACCUUCGUUUGACGUGUAAGAAAGUAAUGGACAUGGUUGAGAACCAGGUCCCUUGGUUUGGCAUGGAGCAAGAGUACACAAUCCUAGGCACUGAUGGACACCCAUUUGGCUGGCCCAACAACGGCUUCCCUGGCCCACAAGGUCCCUAUUAUUGUGGAGUGGGAUCUGACAAGGCUUAUGGUAGAGAUAUUGUGGAAGCCCACUAUAGAGCCUGUCUGUAUGCUGGGGUCAUGAUCGGUGGCACCAAUGCUGAAGUAAUGCCUGCACAGUGGGAGUUCCAGGUUGGUCCUUGUGAAGGCAUCAGCAUGGGUGAUCACCUCUGGGUGGCUCGCUUCAUCCUCCACCGGGUGUGUGAGGACUUUGGCGUGGUGGCCUCGUUUGACCCCAAGCCUAUCCCUGGGAACUGGAAUGGUGCUGGCUGCCACACCAAUUUCAGCACUAAAGAGAUGCGGGAAGAAGGCGGGUUGAAGGCCAUUGAGGAGUCCAUUGAGAGGCUGGGGAAGAGGCAUAGCUACCACAUCCGCGCCUACGACCCUAAAGGGGGGCUUGACAACGCCCGUCGCCUCACCGGCCACCAUGAAACCUCCAACAUCCACGAGUUCUCUGCUGGCGUAGCCAACCGCGGCGCCAGUAUCCGCAUCCCUCGCACCGUGGGCCAGGAGAAGAAGGGCUACUUUGAGGACCGCCGACCGUCGGCCAACUGUGACCCGUAUGCCGUGACGGAGGCUCUGAUCCGCACCUGUUUGCUCAGCGAGGAGGGAGACGAACCUGUGGACUAUUAGAUACGAGAUCCACAGCUCUCUGGACUGAAUCCCCUUCCCCUCACCCUCUUUCUUUUCAAAAUGUUUUGAAUGGCUGAAAAGUCAAACUAGUACUGCAUUUGUCAUUUUUAUUUUCCACUGAAAUGAUUCUAACCUUGCAUUUUUAAGUAGCUUAAAGUUGGCUGGUCAACUUAAAAUGGAUUUAAAUCUGGUGUUAACAUAUGAGAUGUAAACAAAAAAUAUGUCUGACAGGGUAUUGUUUUUCCCUUCUCGUUUUGGUUGUUUUAUAGUGGGGAGUAUUUGUAAUGUAACUGUUUAAGUCCCCAUUUCGUCUCUUUCCCUGCCGUCUGUCGAACUGAAAUGAACUAAAGCACAUAUGGACGCUGAAGACUAGGGUUGCUAUGGCUGGGCGGCAUGUGUAAUUUUCUUAACCUAUGGCUAGUUUGUGUACUUUUGUAUGUUGACCAGCCUUUUAAACUAUGUACUGUUUCAAUGUUAUUAACUAUAAAUAGGAAGUGUUUUUAAAUGGCAACACUUCUGUCUCUUCAGAUUUGACACAUUACUGGAUCAUGUAUGGUACACUCUUUAGAUGUCUGGCUCCAAAUACUGUUAUUUUACAUUUGGGUCCGUCCAUCCGUAUUGGCAAUUGUAGAGUUCCUAUAAGACUCAUGAAGGAGUUUUAUCCUUUUUGUCAACUGAUAUACUGUUAUGGCACCUGAUUUGGUAAAACUAGAAUUUGCUGAACCUGGUUUUUGUUUUUUACAUUUAAACUUUAUUUUUACCACAACUUUGACUGUUUUGGUUCUUGUUUCGAAACCAGUUUACGAAAAGGCCAACAUUUGGCAUGUAGGACUAAUGCGAUGGUAUAGCAGAACCAGGGCAAUUCUGAAGUGAAACCCUAAAGCUCAUCCAAGUUCCUUUGAUGAAAUUAAUCUCAUUGCACGUAAUUCCUGCUGAGUGCCAACCUGCAAAACAGGAAGUCCCCUACGCUGGCUGGCUCUGAGGAAAGGGUCUAUGAUGUGUGGUGGAUGGUCUCUGGUGGACAGCAUUGCAGUUAAUGCAUUGAAAAAAAAGCACCGCAGGGUGUUCUCUGGCUUUGAUGCCCAGGAACAUGAUCACAGUAAUUGAAUCCAGAAUAAUAGUCUUCAAAUAUUUCUCACCAGUACGUGCACAAGGGAGACUUCAAUCAAGAUUAAUCUGGGAUCAUAAGCUUAAAUCUGAUCCGGACUGUACCUUCUCUAGACCCUAAAUAUUAGCAUGGUGUGAAUAGUGAGGUGUUGAGUAUUGGACUACAGCUGGUCAUGUUGCUCUUUCACGCAACGGGUGUCGCAGAAUAUUUCCCAGCUACAUUGAGGAGAUUUACAACUGAAAGGAGUAAAGGACUGCUGAGUUGGAAAAUAUCUAGCUUCCCCUGCCAGGGCUGAUAGUAUCACGGCUGGGAACAUGACUAGAAAACAUCCAGUAUAACCUGUCAUACACAUGCUCCUGCUCUCACGCCCAUUGCCUGACAAGUUAAUCACCAAGUAGCUGGCAGCUGCCUACUAUUUACUGUAUGUUGGCACUGAUUUCUUUGGCAUCCAAUAAGAACAUUGUUUCACAGACCAUAGUAAUACUUUUUUUAGUGAGGAGUUUACUUGGUGUUAGGGCUGGAAGAGAUUGUACGUGGUGUCCUUGUGAGACUGGUUCUCUGUCUGAGGGGUGAGGGUAUUCCCUGCAUGCAUUAGGUCAUGUGAGAAGAAUAGGGCUAGAGAUAUUGUAUCAAGGAAGGGCUCCUCAGACAAAGCAGCCUUGUCCUCCGGCAUGGUAGCAGACCUGGAGGUUAAACUUCACUUUCAACAUUGUAUGGACUGAAAAGUAUGACUUGAUUAUUAUGUUCAAUUUAGCCUCGGAAGCCCAGGCCAUGUGAGAAUAUGUUCAACUCUACCCUAGUGUCACAGUUCGGUCGUUCCACGAAAUGAGUGUAUUUUGUGUCCCUUUGCUAUUUUAAGUAGAAACUGUGCACAUAUUGAAUGUGUCCUUUAAUAUAGACCACAUGGAAAAUUCAAUAAAUCAGAUUUUAACAUGAAUAAAGACUUGCUAAAGUACCAAAAUUCAGAAUUUCA